CGCCGCAGGCCCCGCUCUCUUUGGGCGCGCUCGGGCCGGAUUGGCCCUGAGCAGCCCGGGGCCGCCGGGCUGGCUCCCGCCUGGGCGCCCCUCAGCCCAGCCUGUGGGCCGCGGCCUUGCCCACCCGCUCCCGGGCGCCUGUCCCUGCCCACGCUGCCGGCGGCGCUGCCCCCGCGGGCCCGUUCGGGACGGGCUGUAGCUCGGCCUGUAGCGCUCGGCCGUGGCUGUGGGCGCCUCUCGGCCCGCGGGCCUCCCGGGGACGGCGCCGGCCGUCGGGCUGCGGGCUCGGUGCUUGCCCUGCUCCGUAGCCCCACCAUCGCUUGGGCGCUGGGGCUGAGGCCGACGCCGCCCCGCGCGUCUCCCACUGCUCCUUCCUCGCGUGUGAAGGCGCAGGCAGCUCUCCCAUCCGCUUCUCCGUCGCCUGUGCCAGGACGUUGUCAGCGAGGCGCUCGGGAGGCCGCCUGGGCUGCUUGUGCCUACCUGUUGCCCCUCCAGCAAAUAUCGAGGUUGCUUCUGGCUGCCUGGAGCAGGCCUCGUCCUGAUGACCUCCUGUAGAAUCGUGUGUUAAGCCUACGAGUCCUUUUAUUUAUCCCGAGGAGAACAGAAGCUUUCUAUUAGUUUGGUUUAUUGUCACUAUGUAUGAAGGUGACCCAUGCAUCAGAAACUACUUUGCAGUGUAGAUUUCUGUGCUGUCCCAAGGGAAGUGUUAGUAGUAUAUGUCCGUGUGACUAAUGCUCCUCCUGACUUGACAGAUAUUCAGAUCACUAUGGCAGCCACAAGAAGUGUGAUGAGAGCUGUCAGAGUUUUUGAAUUUGGAGGCCCUGAGGUGCUUAAACUCCAGUCAGACGUCUUAGUUCCUGCGCCAAAAGAAAAUCAGGUGUUAAUUAAGGUCCAUGCCUGUGGGGUAAAUCCUGUUGAGACAUAUAUUCGCUCUGGAACAUAUGCCAGGAAACCAGCUUUGCCCUAUACUCCCGGCUCAGACGUGGCAGGUGUCAUAGAAGGUGUUGGGGAACACGUGACUGCAUUUAAGAAAGGUGACAGGGUUUUCACCACUGGCACAAUCUCUGGAGGAUAUGCAGAUUAUGCAGUUGCUGCAGCCAAUCGUGUCUUCCCCUUGUCGGAGAAGUUGAACUUCAAGGAAGGAGCAGCGAUUGGGAUUCCCUACUUCACUGCUUAUCGUGCUCUUGUCCAAAAAGGGCAUGCCAAAGCAGGUGAAAGCGUGCUAGUGCAUGGUGCCAGCGGGGGAGUUGGAAUAGCAGCGUGUCAGAUUGCCAGAGCUUGUGGUUUAAAGGUUUUGGGCACAGCAGGAACUGAGGAAGGCAUGAGCAGAGUCCUGAGAAAUGGCGCCCACCAAGUCUUUAAUCACAGAGAAGCUAAUUACAUUGACAAAAUUAAGGAAUACACAGGGAUGAAAGGAGUUGAUAUAAUAAUAGAAAUGCUCUCGAACGUCAACCUUGCUACUGACUUGCAGCUGUUGGCCUAUGCGGGCAGGGUGAUGGUUGUGGGCUGUAGAGGUCCCAUUGAGAUAAAUCCAAGAGACACCAUGAGUAAAGAAUCCAGCAUCAUUGGAGUUAGCCUGUUUCUUGCCACAGAGGAGGAACACCGUGAGUGUGCCACAACUGUCCUCGAUGGCGUUGAAGCUGGCUGGCUGAAACCAGCUGUGGGUUCUGAGUAUCCGCUGGAGAAAGUGGCAAAGGCUCACGAAGACAUCAUUCAUUGCAGUGGUGCUCAGGGAAAGAUGGUGCUCCUCCUAUAAAGGCUUUUUGCAUCUAUUUUGUAGCUGUUCCAACUGCACCUUUGCUUACGUGAUUCGUUACGUGUAUGUUACAAGAAAGGAACAGCAGAUGCUAACUCAGAUUAAUUAAUGACAUUAAUUAACAGUCUAUUUUUGUAAUACACAGAGUGGAAUAUGCUUCCAAGUGAUUUUUGUAGUCUUUUUGGAUGCUGUGGAAAUGAUAAAUCCUCUCUGCUGCUGUGGCCUGGGUGCAGGAGAAGCUUGUGCCGAAGGUGGAGAGGGAUAUCGCGCCCUGUGUGGGGUUAUGGUGAGGCCCCUGCAGGCAGUGCAGAAGGAAGCCUGCUUUUUCAGCAGGUGCACAAAUGUCCUGACUAGAUGCAUAUCACUGGGGCUCUGUAAAUUCUUUAGCCGCAAAAUUUGUCUUACUUAUCUUUUGUCACAUGAUUUAAUUGAAAUAAAAGCUUUUACUGCCAAA